AUGGCAAGUCUUCUCGUCAAAGUUCUGAGUGUCAUGACACCCCCACCUUUUGUACAACCAACAGACUAUGAUGGUUGGGAAGUUAAAUGGAAAUUUUUAGUUUUUCGUCCAGGACUCUUCCAAAACCAGGCGUAUCUUUUAGUUGGAUUGUUGGCGUAUGUAGCCAUAGCCAUCUACGGCAAAUAUAUCAACUCCAAAAGAGCCAAUUCUUGGUAUAAUGCUCACCUCACACUCCUUCAAAACCAAUUCUCUUCACCUACAUCUGCCUCAGGGCUCAUUGCAGAUGGGUACACGGACUUUUUCAACUUCUCUACCGGUCGACAUGCUAUCGCAUCCCUGCACACUGUAUUCUCACUUCGCCCGCGUCAAGAUCCACUACAACUUAUCUAUCAUUUCGGCUGGCAAUUGUAUGACCUCAGGUACAAUCCAUACGAUGAACUCAUCCUGGACUUCAAACUCGACGCGGAAAUAGCUGCUAGCAUCCCAGAUUACGUAUGGGCAGUCAUCGCAAAGGAUGAAUUCGCGAGUAUUAAGGACAAACGUUGGGAUUUGACGUUCACCCGUACCGCCGAUCAUGCCUCACUUCCAGCCUCGCUCUCCGUCAUGACUGAGUGGGCAGAUGUGACUGACAACUUGUUCAAGGCUACUCCCACGUUAUCACUGACCAAGCUCCUUUCGGAUCCCAUUAAUCUCAAAUACUUCAAAUCCAUUUCCGUGACGGAUCAGCCGCGUGAACGUCCUGCUGUCCCUCUUACACCUGCCGAACGCGAGAAACACGUCAUCUUGUGUCUGGUUGUUCCCCCCGCAGACAAAGCUGCCGAGACCAUUCCUUUAGUCUCGGCUAUGUUUACAUUUAUUGAUGGUUUAACGAAGAUGAAUUUGCGGCCAGAAACCCGUUCUAAGAUGAAAAAGGUCCGGGAGGACAUAGACAAGGAAAUUCGGGAAGAGGCUGUCAAGGAAAAGAAGCAGGAAGAGGCCGAGGAUAAGAAGGCCGCAAGGCGGAAAGCAGAGCUAGAACGCGUCUCACGCCUGAGUGCUGCAGAACAGAAAAAGAUCAUUGAGCGUGAUCGGAAACGUGCCUUGAAACGUUCGCAAGGCAAGGUGGUGAGGAAAUCAUAA